AUGACGACAAUGGGAAUCAACGGUUUCGGCCGAAUUGGGCGCCUGGUUUUUCGCGCAGCCGUAGAGAAUCAAAGUGUUUCAAUGGUUGCAGUUAAUGAUCCCUUCAUGGAUUUGGACUACAUGCAGUACCUUCUCAAGUACGAUUCCGUGCACAAGAGGUUCAAGGGCACAGUCACCACCAAGAAGGCGAACAUGCAGUCUCAAGAGGGCACCGCGGAGUAUUUGGUGGUCAAUGGAAUGAAGGUCCGGGUCUUCCACGAGAAGGAUCCAGCACAAAUCCCUUGGGGCCAAGUGGGGGCCAUGUACGUCUGCGAAUCCACCGGCGUGUUCUGCGACAAGGAGAAAGCAUCCAAGCACUUGCAGGGUGGAUGCAAGAAAGUCAUCAUCUCUGCUCCACCCAAGGACAGUACUCCGAUGUUUGUGAUGGGAGUCAACCAGGAGAAGUACACCAAGGAUCUCACUGUGGUCUCCAACGCGUCUUGCACCACCAACUGCCUGGCUCCGCUGGCGAAGGUCAUCAACGACAGCUUUGGCAUUGUCGAGGGCUUGAUGACCACUGUCCAUGCCAUGACCGCAACGCAGCUGACCGUUGACGGUCCGUCUCGCGGCGGGAAGGAUUGGCGCGGUGGACGUUGCGCAUCGGAGAACAUCAUCCCAUCUUCCACCGGAGCUGCCAAGGCUGUUGGCAAGGUGAUCCCAACGAUGAACGGCAAGCUGACGGGGAUGGCCUUCCGAGUGCCCACCCCUGAUGUGUCCGUGGUGGAUUUGACAUGCCGUCUGGAGAAGUCUGCCACCAUGGACGACAUCACCAGUGCGAUUAAGAAGGCUGCUGAAGGCCCAAUGAAAGGCAUCCUAGGCUUCACGGAUCAGGAGGUCGUGUCAACUGACUUUGUCACCUGCGCCUACUCUUCGAUUUUCGACAAGACGGCCUGCAUCGCCUUGAACGACAAGUUUGUGAAGUUGGUCUCCUGGUAUGCCGCAGUCUUAGAGAUCAGUAGCAAGGACAAUGAGUGGGGCUACUCUAACCGCUUGGUGGAUUUGGCCGUCCACAUGUCACAGGUGGAUGGCGUCAUUCCACCACCAGCCAAGAUUCAGAGCAUCAAGGCACGUGAGAUCUUCGAUUCUCGAGGCAACCCCACCGUAGAGGUUGACCUCGUGACCAAUGAUCACCUCUUCCGUGCAGCUGUCCCCAGCGGAGCAUCCACUGGCAUUUACGAGGCCCUGGAGCUUCGAGACGGAGAGCCGAAGAGAUUGCUCGGAAAAGGUGUCCUGAAGGCCGUCCAGAACGUCAACGAAAGGAUCGCACCAGCUCUGGUUGGCAUGGAUGUCACAAAGCAGAAAGAAAUCGACAAGAUGAUGGUCGAGCUGCUGGACGGCACGCAGAACGACUGGGGUUGGUCCAAGGCCUUUGUACCAGUACCUUUCAUGCCUGUCCGGCAGACCCACGGAUUCCUACGCCGGCGUGCCCAGCAUUUGCUCAGCAUUGCCCAAGAUGCAGAUGUGGGGGUGAUGCCGGUGCCUUCCUUCAACGUCAUCAAUGGUGGCAGCCACGCGGGUAAUCGCUUGGCAUGCCAGGAGUUCAUGAUUCUGCCAGUGGGCGCCAAGUCCUUCAAAGAAGCGCUGUGCAUUGGGUGCGAGGUUUACCAUUCGUUGAAGAGCUGCAUCAAGAAGAAGUACGGACAGGACGCGUGCAACGUCGGAGAUGAGGGCGGAUUUGCACCAUCUGUGCAAGACAACAACGAGGCUCUUGAUGUUCUCAUGGAUGCCAUUGAGAAGUCGGGGCACAAGGACAAGGUGAAAAUCGGUACGGAUGUCGCUGCGUCCGAGUUCUGCAAGGAGGGAGGCAAGUACGACUUGGACUUUAAGAAUCCUGAUAGCAAGCCUGCAGACUGGAAGUCUGGAAGCGAGAUGGCCGACUACUACCAGGCCUGGUUUAGCAAGUAUCCCUUCGUCUCCAUCGAGGACCCCUUCGACCAGGAUGACUGGGCAGCCUAUGCCGAGUUCAACAAAAAGUGUGGCAAGGAUGUCCAGAUUGUUGGUGAUGAUUUGCUGGUGACCAACACCAAGCGCAUUGAGAAGGCCCUGGAAGUUGGAGCAUGCAAUGCUUUGCUCCUGAAGGUGAAUCAAAUUGGAUCAAUCACAGAAGCAAUUGAUGCUGCAAACAUGUCUAUGCAAAAUGGUUGGGGAGUCAUGGUCUCCCACCGUUCUGGAGAGACGGAGGACUCCUUCAUUGCAGAUUUGGUUGUGGGGCUCCGCACAGGUCAAAUUAAGACUGGUGCGCCUUGCCGAAGUGAGCGUUUGGCCAAGUACAAUCAGCUCCUCCGAAUCGAGGAAGAGCUGGGCUCAAAGGCCAUUUAUGCUGGAGAGAGCUUCCGCUACCCAACUGUCUGA